AGGUAACAUGUGUGAAUAAUCAUGUGUUUUGUCAAUUUCUGCCGCAUUCAAUUACGUUGCUUAUAUUUUUAAUUAAUUUAUAAUUUUUCGUGUGAUUGUCAGUGUUAAUUAUGGAUCAAAUUGAAGAUACAGAUAUAAUGGAUGAUGAAUUACCAACUGAAAUGGAAGAAGAAAAAAUUUCCAAUCUUGUGUCCACAGUUUCUUCCAUGUUCAAAACAGAUGGAAAGAAAAAGGUGGCAAAGAGAAAUGAGCCUUCCGUGGUUUGUAAUGAAUUUGGUGUUGCAACUGACCGUAAAGCUGAAAAAGUGCAACUCCACCAACUUUUGAACAAUGUGGUUGACAAGGAUGGCAAAAUAAAGACACAGCUGAGGAAGAUCACUCACAAAAAACUGAUUAAAUUACCAUUGGACACUCCAACAGCUAAAAAGAUUAAAAGACAAGUGCUUUACGAUGAAACUGUUAAAGACGUAUCUAAAUGGGAGCCUAUUAUUGAACAAAAUCGACUGAAACCUCAACUUGAAUUCCCUCUCGAAAAACCAGACCUGAGAUUGGAAGGUCCUCAAAAUAAGUUUAUCACCAAAACGAAUAACAAAUUGAAAGAAGAAAUCGACCAAGCUUUGAAACUGUCUGAUAAUGUGAUAAAGGAGCCUAAAGUUUUGACUGCAGCCGAAGAAAAAUUUUUGAGUCAAAUAAACAUUGAAGAAGCUCGCAUGCGACAUGCUAACCUGCGCAAGAUGCGGGCUUUACUUUCGUACCAGGAAGCUAAACUGAAAAGACAAUCGAAAAUUAAAUCUAAAAAGUACCGGAGGAUCCUCAAGAAAGAGAAGUUAAAAAAGGAGCUUGCCGAAUUUGAAAAAACUAAAAACACUGAUCCCGAUAAAGCAUUAGAACAAAUCGCACAACUGGACAAAAUGAGAGCCCUUGAACGAGCAAGUCUUAAACAUCUCAAUACUGGGAAAUGGGCCAAGCAAAAUUUAUUGAGAUCUAAAUAUGAUGAAGAAGUUAGAAAAGAUAUUAAAGAACAAAUGGAAAUCAAUAGAACACUAACCAAAAAGGUCACAUUUGAUCUUGAAGAAGACGAAGCAAUUGAAGCGAUUGAAGAAGAUGAUUUGCAAGAAGGGGAAAUCAUGAUGAAGAGCGGUGCUUAUGAAGAAAAAGAAAGUAAUCCAUGGCUUCUCAGAGGGCCUUCUAGCGCUGUUGCUGAUGAUUCUUUUAAAACAGUAGAACCUACAGCAUCUGAUGCUGUGAUUGAAUUACAGACUGAAAUUCCUGACUUUCAGAAUCUGGGCUCUGACGAGGAAUCGGAAGACGACGAAGGAAAUAACGAACAUGCGAAAUUGAUUGCCGAAGCUUUUGAUGGUGAUGAUGUCGUUGCGGAAUUUUCAGAGAUGAAAAAAGAUCUAAUCGAUAAACAAUCCAUAAAAGAUACCAAUUUAUACUUACCUGGUUGGGGGUCUUGGACUGGUCCUGGUAUUGCAGAAAAUAAAAAGCUGAAAAAGAAAUUCACAAUCAAGGCAAAACAGCAGAAACGUAAAGAUUCAGAUUUACCAAAUGUCAUUAUAUCAGAGGACAAAGAUAGAGCCAUCUCUAAAUUUUUAGUCAAAGAUUUGCCUUACAAUUGUAAGAAUGUUUCAUCAUUCGAGAAAAAGCUGAAAACACCAAUCGGACCUGAUUGGAAUCCUGAAACUAAAUUUAGGUUUAAUAUUGAACCUAAAAUUGUUACUCAAAUGGGUAAAAUAAUUGAACCCAUUAAUGAAAAAGCUCUUGUUAAACAUGAAAAAAGGCGCAAGCCAUUUGAACAGAGUGCCGCGACAAUGGCUGAUGUUAUACCUGUUUAAUUUAUUUAUUAAAUAUGAACAUUCAAAAUACUUU